UAUUCCUUUAACUACCAAACGAAUUACCCAACAAAAUACAAGAAGAAACAAAGACGGAUACCCACUAUCCAACACCUAGAAACAGAGACACACCAAAAGAUACCCAUCUGUUCUUCUCCUCUAAAAAAUAAAAAUAACACAUCAAAGAUUCAAUCAAAUUCCUCAAAAGAAAUUUGAGAAACAUUGGUGACAAUGGAGGGUGGUGAUAAUAUACUGAGAGUGAGUAGUGCUCGUUUGAGUAGUUCCAACAUAUGGAGGAACAGCGGGAGAGAAGUUUUCUCAAAAUCUUUUGACGAUGAAGACGACGAAGAUGCUCUGAAAUGGGCUGCUCUGGAAAAAUUACCCACUUAUCAGAGGAUUCAGAGAGGUAUUCUGACUGAAGAACAAGGCCAUGCGAGAGAGAUUGACAUCAAAAAUCUUGGAGUGGUGGAGAGAAAGAAUCUGUUGGAGAGGCUCGUGAAAAUCGCAGAGGAUGACAAUGAGAAGUUCUUGUUGAAGCUCAAGAAACGCAUUGACAGAGUUGGGAUUGAUCUUCCCACCAUUGAAGUCCGGUUCGAGCAUUUGAAUGUCGAUGCAGAAGCUUAUGUUGGUGGUAGAGCACUUCCAACAAUUCUCAACUUUUCCAUUAAUCUUUUUGAGGGGUUCUUGAAUUACCUCCAUGUGCUUCCAAGUAGGAAGAAACCAUUAUCAAUCCUUCAUGAUGUUAGUGGAAUCAUCAAGCCUGGAAGAAUGACAUUGCUUUUGGGCCCACCAAGCUCUGGAAAGACAUCAUUGCUGCUUGCUUUGGGUGGAAAACUUGAUUCAGAUCUAAAAGUUUCUGGGAAAGUAACAUACAAUGGCCAUGGAAUGAAUGAGUUUGUUCCGCAAAGGACAUCAGCUUAUAUAAGUCAGCAUGACCUUCAUAUAGGAGAAUUGACAGUGAGGGAAACACUUGCUUUCUCAGCAAGAUGUCAAGGGGUCGGAGCUCGCUAUGACAUGUUAACAGAAUUGGCUAGAAGAGAAAAGGAAGCAAACAUUAAGCCUGAUCCUGAUCUUGAUAUUUACAUGAAAGCAGUAUCACUAGAAGGGCAAAGGGCCAAUGUGGUCACAGACUAUGUUCUUAAGAUUUUGGGACUGGAAGUUUGUGCUGACACUAUGGUGGGUGAUGAAAUGGUGCGAGGUAUAUCUGGUGGGCAGAAAAAGCGAGUCACGACAGGGGAGAUGCUAGUUGGACCGGCAAGAGCACUCUUCAUGGAUGAGAUAUCAACAGGCUUGGAUAGUUCUACAACUUAUCAAAUUGUGAACUCAAUCAAGCAGUCCAUUCAUAUCCUUCAAGGAACUGCUGUUAUCUCUCUCCUCCAGCCAGCGCCAGAAACUUAUGACUUGUUUGAUGACAUAAUUCUCCUCUCAGAUGGGCAAAUUGUAUAUGAAGGCCCCCACGAAAAUGUCCUAGAGUUUUUCGAAUGCAUGGGCUUCAAGUGUCCUGAGAGGAAAGGAGUUGCGGACUUUUUACAAGAAGUGACAUCGAAGAAAGAUCAAGAGCAGUACUGGGCAAAGAGGGACGAGCCGUAUAAUUUUGUUACAGUCAACGAAUUUGCAGAGGCAUUUCUGUCAUUUCACGUUGGUCGAAAACUAGGAGAUGAGCUUGGCGUUCCAUUUGACAAAGCCAAGAGCCACCCUGCAGCUUUAACAACUAAGAAGUAUGGUGUUAGUAAGAAGGAACUGUUGAAAGCUCUCGUCUCUAGAGAAUACUUGCUCAUGAAAAGGAAUUCAUUUUUCUACAUAUUCAAAUUCACUCAACUUAUUAUUAUGGCGUUUAUUGCAAUGACAAUAUUUCUAAGAACUGAGAUGCCCAAGAAAACAAGGGCAGAUGGAACGGUUUUCAUGGGUGCUCUGUUCUAUAGUAUCAUGAUGGUUAUGUUUAAUGGGUUCGCAGAGCUAGCAAUGACCAUCUUGAAGCUUCCCACCUUCUACAAGCAAAGAGACCUUCUCUUCUUUCCAGCUUGGGCAUACUCUUUACCUACAUGGAUCCUCAAGAUCCCAAUAACAUUUGUAGAAGUCGGUAUUUGGGUGUUCACGACUUAUUAUGUCAUAGGAUUUGAUCCAAAUGUCGGAAGGUUGUUCAAAAUGUACCUUCUGCUUCUAUUCAUUAACCAGAUGGCUUCUGGAAUGUUCCGACUCAUUGGGGCAUUAGGGCGGAACAUGAUUGUUGCGAACACUUUUGGCUCAUUUGCACUACUUGGAGUUCUUGUAUUGGGUGGAUUUAUCUUGUCAAGAGAGAAUAUAAAGAAAUGGUGGAUAUGGGGUUAUUGGGCCUCACCUUUGAUGUAUGCGCAGAACGCUAUAGCAGUGAAUGAAUUUCUUGGGAGCAGUUGGAGACAUGUUCCUGCAAAUUCAACAGAAUCAUUAGGCGUAAUAGUCUUGAAGUCUCGUGGGAUAUUCUCAGAAGCAUACUGGUAUUGGAUUGGAGUCGGAGCUUCGAUUGGAUAUAUUUUUCUAUUCAAUUCCCUUUUCACUUUGGCUCUCGCUUAUCUCAACCCAUUUGGGAAGCCUCAGGCUAUUCUGACUGAAGAAACCAUGGCAGAGAGAAAUGCUUAUAAGACAAGAGAGAUUGAGCUAUCAUCAAGAGGAAAGAGGCUUUCAGAAAGGGGAGAUGAAGUUCAAAGAAGUGCUUCAUCGACCUCAGUGACUUCAAGAGUAGGCAACAUUAGUGAAGUCAGCCAAAACAGGAAGCGCGGAAUGGUUCUUCCAUUCGAACCUCUUUCAAUCACAUUCGAUGAUGUCAGAUAUGCAGUAGAUAUGCCACAGGAAAUGAAAGCUCAAGGCAUUCUGGAAGACCGGCUAGAGCUUCUAAAAGGCGUGAGCGGUGCUUUCAGGCCUGGAGUUCUUACAGCUCUGAUGGGUGUUAGUGGGGCUGGAAAGACCACUCUGAUGGAUGUCUUGGCGGGUAGAAAAACUGGUGGAUAUAUUGAGGGAAGGAUCACGAUAUCAGGAUACCCAAAGAAACAAGAGACAUUCGCUCGUGUAGCGGGAUACUGUGAGCAAACUGACAUUCACUCUCCUCAUGUUACUGUUUAUGAGUCCUUGCAAUACUCUGCUUGGCUCCGGUUGCCUCCUGACGUUGAUUCUGCUAGCAAAAAGAUGUUUGUCGAUGAGGUCAUGGAGCUUGUUGAGCUAACCCCUUUAAAGGAAGCACUUGUUGGGUUGCCUGGAGUGAACGGUCUUUCAACUGAACAACGCAAGAGGUUGACAAUUGCAGUAGAGCUCGUAGCCAACCCAUCCAUAAUAUUCAUGGAUGAGCCAACCUCGGGACUUGAUGCCAGAGCAGCAGCAAUUGUGAUGAGAACAGUGAGAAACACGGUGGACACAGGACGAACGGUGGUGUGUACCAUCCAUCAGCCGAGCAUUGACAUAUUUGAUGCUUUUGAUGAGCUAUUUCUUCUAAAACGAGGAGGUAAAGAAAUAUAUGUUGGUCCAUUAGGCCGCCAUUCUGCCCAUCUGAUUGAGUACUUUGAAGGUAUCAAUGGAAUUAGUAAAAUCAAAGCCGGUUAUAAUCCAGCAACAUGGAUGUUAGAGGUGACUUCAGCAGCACAAGAAGCAGCUCUUGGGGUGAACUUUGCUGAAGUGUACAAGAAUUCAGAUCAAUAUAGGAGAAACAAAGACUUAAUCAAGGACCUCAGUACACCUCCUCUCGGCUCAAAAGAUAUAUAUUUCCCCACUCAAUACUCACAGGCUUUCUUCAUCCAAUGCAUGGCAUGCCUAUGGAAACAACACUUGUCAUACUGGCGAAACCCACCAUACAGUGCAGUGAGAUUCUUGUUCACAACAUGCAUAGCUCUGUUGUUUGGGACUAUCUUCUGGAAUCUCGGCUCCAAAAGGGAAACACAACAAGAUAUCUUCAACGCAAUGGGUUCUAUGUAUGCUGCUGUGCUAUUUCUUGGUGUACAAAAUGCCGGUUCAGUGCAACCUAUAGUUGCUAUUGAGAGAACAAUCUUUUACAGGGAAAGAAGAGCAGCCGGAAUGUAUUCAGCAUUGCCAUAUGCUUUUGGACAGGUUGUGAUUGAGCUCCCAUACAUUUUUGUUCAAACUCUCAUAUAUGGAGUCAUAGUUUACGCCAUGAUUGGAUUUGAGUGGACGGUUGCCAAGUUCUUAUGGUAUCUGUUUUUCAUGUACUUCACCUUGUUAUACUUCACUUUCUAUGGGAUGAUGACAGUGGCAGUAACUCCCAACCACAACAUUGCCUCCGUAGUCUCAUCCGCUUUCUAUGCAUUAUGGAACCUUUUCUCUGGAUUCAUCAUUCCAAAAACAAGAAUACCGGUGUGGUGGAGGUGGUUCUAUUACAUUUGUCCGGUUUCUUGGACUCUUUAUGGAUUAGUUGCUUCACAGUUCGGAGACAUUCAAGGAAAGCUUCUUGACACAGACGAAACAGUUGAAGAAUUCGUCAGGAAUUACUUCGAUUUUAAACAUGACUUUGUGGGAUAUGUGGCAAUUAUUAUAGCUGGGAUAGCCGUACUCUUUGGAUUCAUCUUUGCCUAUUCAAUCAGGGUAUUUAACUUCCAGAAAAGAUAAUAAUUUUAUGCAAAAAAAUAACUCUUUGUGAAAAAGAUCUUCUAGUCGAGAUAGUUUCUGCCAAUGUGUGAUGAACAUUAUUAUAGGAUUUUUAUUUUAUUUUUUUGUUUCAAUCUUUUUUUCUGGCUUCAUCAACUUUUGAAUUCUUUUCUGCUUAUUUUGAUUUUGUAAUGAGUUAAGUUUGUGUAAGGUGACCCUGUACGGCGACCCUAGGGCAUUGAGUCCGUAAUGUAACUCAUCUACAUGUAAUGAACUGAUGCAAAGUGCAAUAAAAAAAUGGGAAAUUUUGAGCAAUUAUU